AUCUAUCUUAUCUCUCUCUUCUCGCCGGAAAUAAAAUAAAAUGAUCACUGGCAAAGAUAUGUACGACGUACUAGCGGCGAUGGUGCCGCUAUACGUAGCUAUGAUACUAGCCUACGGUUCCGUAAGGUGGUGGGGAAUAUUCACGCCGGACCAAUGUUCCGGUAUAAACCGGUUUGUUGCGGUUUUCGCGGUUCCUCUUCUGUCUUUCCAUUUCAUCUCCUCCAAUGAUCCUUAUGCCAUGAACUACCAUUUCCUCGCCGCCGAUUCUCUUCAGAAAGUCGUUAUCCUCGCCGCACUCUUUCUUUGGCAGGCGUUUAGCCGGAGAGGAAGCCUAGAAUGGAUGAUAACACUCUUCUCACUAUCAACGCUACCGAACACUUUGGUGAUGGGAAUCCCGUUGCUCCGGGCAAUGUACGGCGACUUUUCCGGCAACCUAAUGGUGCAGAUAGUGGUGCUUCAGAGCAUCAUAUGGUAUACAUUGAUGCUCUUCUUGUUCGAGUUCCGUGGCGCUAAGCUUCUCAUCUCCGAGCAGUUCCCUGAAACCGCCGGUUCCAUUACUUCUUUUCGUGUUGAUUCUGAUGUUAUCUCUCUCAAUGGCCGUGAGCCUCUCCAGACCGACGCGGAGAUAGGUGACGACGGAAAGCUCCACGUGGUGGUCCGGAGAUCAAGCGCCGCCUCAUCGAUGAUCUCGUCGUUCAACAAAUCUCACGGCGGAGGACUAAACUCCUCCAUGAUAACGCCGCGAGCUUCAAAUCUCACCGGCGUCGAGAUUUACUCGGUUCAGUCGUCGCGAGAGCCGACGCCGAGAGCGUCGAGCUUUAACCAGACAGAUUUCUACGCUAUGUUCAACGCAAGCAAAGCUCCGAGCCCGCGUCACGGCUACACCAAUAGCUACGGCGGCGCAGGGUCAGGUCCCGGCGGAGAUGUUUACUCGCUUCAGUCGUCUAAAGGAGUGACGCCAAGAACGUCGAAUUUUGAUGAGGAAGUUAUGAAGCCGAAGAAAGGAGGACGAGGUGGGAGAAGCAUGAGUGGUGAAUUAUACAACAAUAAUAGUGUGCCGUCGUAUCCACCACCGAACCCGAUGUUCACGGGGUCAACGAGCGGAGCAAGUGGAGCCAAGAAGAAGGAAAGUGGUGGAGGAGGAGGACAGAACAAUAAGGAGAUGAACAUGUUUGUGUGGAGUUCGAGUGCAUCUCCGGUGUCUGAAGCCAACGCGAGGAACGCAAUGACAAGAGGUGCCUCCACUGAUUUAUCCACCGACCCAAAAGCUUCUCUUCCUCCUCCUCACGAUAACCUCGCUUCCAAAGCGAUGCAGAAUCUGAUAGAGAACAUGACACCGGGAAGAAAAGGGCAUGUGGAGAUGGACCAAGACGGUAAUAACGAAGGUAAGUCAGGGGUAAAUUCGUCACCUUACACGGGGAAGAAAGGCAGUGACGUGGAAGACGGUGGUCCCGGCGGUCCGAGGAAGCAGCAGAUGCCGCCGGCGAGCGUGAUGACGAGACUGAUACUGAUAAUGGUUUGGAGAAAGCUUAUUCGGAACCCUAACACUUACUCUAGUCUCUUUGGCCUUGCUUGGUCCCUCGUCUCCUACAAGUGGAAUAUAAAGAUGCCAACUAUAGUGAGUGGAUCGAUUUCGAUAUUAUCUGAUGCUGGUCUUGGCAUGGCUAUGUUUAGUCUUGGUCUAUUUAUGGCAUUGCAACCAAAGAUAAUAGCUUGCGGAAAAUCAGUAGCGGUCUUCGCGAUGGCCGUAAGGUUCUUGACCGGACCGGCUGUAAUCGCAGCCACCUCAAUUGCAAUUGGUCUUCGAGGCAGUCUCCUCCAUAUUGCCAUCGUUCAGGCUGCUCUUCCUCAAGGAAUCGUUCCUUUUGUUUUCGCCAAGGAAUAUAACGUCCAUCCUGAUAUUCUCAGCACUGCGGUUAUAUUCGGAAUGCUGGUUGCUUUGCCGGUAACAAUACUCUACUACGUUCUUUGGGGAUUUAAGUUAUAAUCAAAACGUAAUGGCGAAUCAAAGGCGAUACGACCAAAGGUGAAUUUAAAUUAAACAAAAUUACUAAGAAAAAGAAGACUAAUUCCAGGUCAGGCUUAGGUGGAUGGACCAUGCAAUGUCGCAUUAAUUAAGUUAUAGCAUAUGAUAGUAGAGAUUUUAGUUAGUUUUGUAUAAUUUAUACGCACAUGCAUGUACGUGACUCUGUGUAAUUUUUGUUACAUUUAUUAAAAUUUUGGGAUGUGCGUCCAACCUAUUUUUUAAUUCAUUUUUUUCGUGAAGUGUGUUAUUAAAUCGUAAUCAUAAUUCAAUCAUGUACUAGAU